AUGAAGGAGAGUAUUUUAAAAAAAGAUAUAAUAGAAGUUUUGGAGAAAACUGAAGGAGAAGAGAGAGUCAAAAGAGAAAAAAUAGAAAAACUAGAAGCAAAAGAUGGAAUAAAAGAUGCUAUUGAUGAUGAUUCACAACUCGAAAAAUACCCCCAAGAGGUAGAUUAUUAUCUAGCAAACGACAUAAAAAGAAUAGAGAAGAUGGAAGAUGAGAUAAUCGAAAUUGACAAAAAUAGAAAAACUUUGUCAGAAGAAGAUUUAGAAGAAGUUUUACAUCGAAGAAAUGAUUUAGAAAAGAGAAAAAAACAACUAGAGGAGGAGCAAAAAAGGAAAGAAGAGCAAAAAAAAGGCUUGGAAUUGCUAGCCAAACAUUCCCCAACUUUUGAGAAAAUUUAUCGAAAAAAUAAAGGAAAGGAGGAAGUUGUUUAUGUAGUCAAUUGCUAUUUAACCAAUAAGCAUAAAUCAUCAAUCAAAAAAAUUAUCGAAAGCAUUCAAGAUAGCGAGAAUUUUCGACAGGCUUUAACUCACACUUCUUACUGCAACGAAAAUAACCUAAUUAAUUCCUAUGAAAACUUAGAAUUUUUAGGGGAUAGUAUUUUAAAUUUCUACACUAGUUUAUUUAUUUACCGUUCUUUUCCGAAAUAUUCUGAAGGGCAAAUGAGCAAACUAAAACAACUAAUGGUUCAAGAAAGUACUUUGGCUCAUUUGAGCAGAGAAAUAGGGCUAAACAGAAUAGAUGAAAACGGAAAACUUGAAUACUUAAGAUUAGGAGAAGGGGAAAUAAAAAACCAAGGAGCUGAUAAAACGAGUAUUUUAGCAGAUGUGUUUGAAUCUUUUGUAGCUGCCUUGUACCUAGAAAAAGGAACAAAAGCAACAGAACAAUAUUGCCAGGCCCAAAAAAAUUUAGUCAGUUACCGGGAAAAAGCAAGAAGGAGAGAAGGAAGGCAGCAAUUGUUUAUUAUGGAGGUCCGUGACCGAUUAAGAAUUUUUUGCGAAUGGGGUGAGGGAAAAAGUAAGCAAGAAGCUGAGCAAAAAGCUGCUGAAAAAGAGAAACAAACUAAACAAAAAAAAGAAAAACUAGUUACCGAAAAGGAAACCGAAUCGAAAAAAUCAGAGGAAAAAAAUCCGCUAGAAGAGAAAAAAAAUGAAUUAGUAGACCAGGUAGUGGAGAUCGAUUCCGCUUCCGAACUAUUAAAAACCUCUUCUUCGCCUUUUUUAACUGUUUUGGAAGGAGCUUUGGCCAAUAUUAAACCGGGUAUAGAAAUGAAAAGAGUAAAAAGAGGUUCUACAAGUAGCCGCGUUCCUAAAACAAUUGACGAAGUUCGAGCUUUAAAAAUAGCUUUGAGAUGA